CACAAAGCUAAUAAGGUGAUAAAUCUAUUCUAUACUUCGUCUAUGGUUAUACCUCAUUUAUGAUAUUUUUUGAUAAAAAUGAGUUCAAAUAAAACAAAGUUAUCAAAAAGUAUUUUAGAAAUGAAGUUUAUGAAACGAACUAAAGAAAAGGUGGAAAAACAACAAUUUCAAGAAGAGGGUGAAGAAUAUUUUGGAAAUGAAUUAACAAAGCGUAUGAAGAAAGAAUCAGAAAGGUUUAUUAUUGAACCUAGUUAUGUUUUUUGUGAAAAAUUAAUUGAUGGUAGAGUAAGUUUCCGAGGAAUGAACCCUGAAAUAGAAAAGUUAAUGGAAGCAGAACAGAAUAAUGAACGUGUCAAAAUUGAGGAAAAAAACGAAACAGACAUUUCAGAUGAACAAAUGGUACACCAUUGGAAAAAGUUUAGGAAAAUGUCAAAAACUGACCGUAAAUAUGAAAAAUCGUUACAAAAACAUAAUAACAAUCAUGAACCAUUACCAAAGAAACCAAAGUUUUUGAAACCGCAAGAUUAG